AUGCCCGAAAUAUGUUAUUUCACAUUUUGGAAACUCCACUGGCUAUUUUCUACACUUUUUAUAGUAAACUUUAAUAUUAUUUUAGGGAAAGUGAUCAUAACUCAGUUAUAUGGAGAUAUUAGUUCAUAUGGUUAUUAUUAUGCGAAGGCUAAAGUGGGGCACCCAACCUCUCAAACCCAAUCAUUAAUCGUAGAUACUGGGAGUUCCUUGCUAGCAUUUGCAUGUACAAGCUGUUACCAGUGUGGUCGUCAUAUGCAACCACCAUUUAAUAUAUCUAAUUCAGGCACUGCAAAGUGGAUAAACUGUGAAAUUAAACAUAAAAAUAAUUAUUAUUUCAGCAACAAUCCCUUAUUAAGAUAUUGUGAAUGCGAUAAAGAAAAUGGGAAAUGUUCAUAUAAAAUUCAAUAUGAGGAAGGGAGCAGUAUAUUUGGUCAUUAUUUUGAAGAUUUCAUACAAUUUGAGCCUCCACUUAGUGAAUCUAGUAUUCCUAUAUAUAGUAACCCAAAUAAUAGACUUAUAAUGGGAUGCCAUCACAAAGAAGAAUCUCUAUUUUUAUAUCAAGCUGCAUCAGGAAUAAUGGGGUUAGCGAAUAUUCCGCUUCAUAAGGGAAAUCCCGCCACAAUAUCAAUGAUACUUCAAAGUGUAAAGAACCAAAGCAUUCAAGUUGAAAAGGUAGUAUCUAUCUGCCUAGCAAAUAAAAAAGGGUUCUUGACGUUUGGUUCUACAUAUAGCGAUAUUAUAAGGGGUAUAAACAAUAUAAACUAUAGAAAUAAUAAUAAUAAAUAUUCUAUAGGUAGAUGCAAGUAUGAUCUAAGAUACUGUACAUAUAUUGGGAAUGUAAUAGUAGAUGGAAUUUCUCUUAAUGAUACAAUCCCAUUUGGGAAUGGAAUAAAAGCAAUGCUAGAUAGUGGAACUACUGCAUCUUUAUUCCCAGAGUCAAUAUAUAAAUUACUGCAUAAUGCAAUUGCAACAAAAGUUGCCCGCGUACAUCCAUAUAUUAAGCCUAUGGAAAGAGAUGAUGGCUUGAUAUGUUGGUACUUGCAAACAAGUGUAGCACUCAACCACUUUCCAGUAAUAAAAUUGUCAUUUGCAAAAAGUGGAGAUACCUUUAUUUCCGAUGUAGAUAAGCAUGAAUACUUAGAAAUUGAAUGGUAUCCACAAUCAUAUCUCUACUUAAAUAAAGAGGAAACGAAGAAGAUAUACCUUAAAGAUGCAGAAAGCAAUGGUAUUUACUGUCUAGGUAUAAUGAGGAUCUCAGAAAAUACUCAUGGUUGGAGAUCACUUGGAACAUUUGUCAAUUAUCCUGUGGAAAGUACGUCAAAUGAGUACAGUAGUGUUGAUGUAAUGCAUCGAUCUAUAGUUCUAGGAAGCACAUUCUUUAUUGGUAAAGAUAUCUCAUUUUAUUUAGAUGAACCAAAAGUAACAAUAGAACGAUCAGAUUGCAAUGCAAGCUAUGCUGAAGUUCAGAGACUGGCUAGCUAUCUAGAAGGAGUGUUAUAUAGUAAUAAAGAUGCACCCAUGACAAUCAUAUACCCAAGUAAAGAAUUGGAAGACGAUGGGUCCGAUAAUAUUCAAUUUAUUAGAAAGACAUUCGGAAUGACUAAAAAGACACCUAGAGAUAUAUUUCUAAUAGUAUCAUCGACAAUUCUUUUAUUAAUUGGUAUAGUUUGUGCAUCAAUGGCAUACUGCUCAUUUAUUACUUCACUAAGGGCAAUUAGGGGGGAUGCAACAGCUGCAUUAUUAGGGAGUGCAAGUGAAGUUACUAUUCCUAUUCCACCUAGAGCUUCAUCAUCUAACAUAGAAAUCGAAGAUCCAAAUAUACAAUACAAGAACCAAAUUAUGAAGAUAUCACAGCAAUAUGCCAGUGAAAUUAGUAACUCAAGAUCACCAGAACUAUUAGUACCAGUUUUCCCUAUAUCAAGUUUCAAAACCAAAGACUUUAUAUUGGAGCUGUCAAUUCGCAAUUCAAGUGAUUCAGAGGGUAAAAAUUAUUCAGAAUGA